CACUUAAUAAAGCAGGGAAGAAGAAGUCUUCAGUAACAUCAACAAGAGCAGACAUGUCUGUGAUUUGUUCUCGCCAUAUGUCAAAACAUUGCUGGCAGACGGAGAAUUUAACACCGACAUUAUCUUUAUUCGUGCCCUGAAAGUCUCUGGCGUGGGCCUGAGUGUAAUAUGCAGAAGGAUCACAGAACCAUGGCAGCUCAAUCACCCUAUCUGCCCCUGAGGGAAUUUUGCCCCCUCUACUACCUGCUGAACUCCAUCCCUGCUAAAGUCCAGAAAGGCUUCCGCUCCAUCCUCGUGUAUCUCACGGCUCUGGACAGCAGCAGUGACUACAUCGCAGUGGGCAGCAGCAUCGGCAUGCUGUACCUUUACUGCAGGAGAGUAAGCCAGAUGAACAAAUACAACUUGGAGGGGAAAAGUGAGGCUAUCACUGUAGUGAAGCUGCUGAGUUGCUUUGAUGACCUGGUGGCUGUUGGUACGGCUUCAGGCCGAGUCGCCCUCUUUCAGUUGGUGUCACAACUGCCUGGCAGGAAUAAACAGUUGAGACGCUUCGAUGUCGUCGGCCUGCACAAGAGCACAGUGACUGCAUUAGCCUGGAGCGCUAAUGGCAUGAAACUCUUCUCUGGUGAUGAUAAAGGGAAAGUGGUCUAUUCUGCUGUGGACCUGGACCAGGGUGUGUGCAAUCCGGUGGUGCUGAUAGAAGAGCCGUCAGCUAUAGUUCAGCUGGAAUAUAGUCAGAAAGUUCUUCUUGUUUCUACUUGUCAGCGUUCUCUCGUGUUUAACACUCAAGAACAAUCUCUCCAGAAGCUGGGCACCAAACCCCGAAAAAGCAACGGCAAGUUUGGAGCCUGUUUUCAGCCUGCUCUGUGCAAGCAGAGUGACCUUCUGGUGUACGCGGCACGGCCAGGCCUUCGUCUCUGGAGAACAGAUGUGCGUGGGCGCGUACAAGAGACUCAUGUACUCAAGCCGCUCUUUAACCAGGACGUGCCUCAGUUCGAACUCUUCCCUCGUUCAAGCCCCAGUGGCGCAUACCGGCCCACUGACAGGCAGCUGGGGCUCGUCACCUGCUUCCUCAAGGAGGGCUGGGUGCUCAGCUGGAACGAGUACAGCGUCUAUGUAGUGGACUGUACCAAUCAGGUUAUUGUAGGCGGGAUGGAGAGCUGUGGAGACAUAGUGUCUGUGUCUUGCACAGAAAACGAGAUCUUCGUUUUGAAAGGAGACCGAGACGUUAUGCGUAUCUCCAACUGCCCCGAGGGAUUGGUCUCCAACAUGUCAGAUCUGUCAUAUCGCCUAACCUCCCCUCUCUCCACCCCAACCGUUUUGCUCCCCGCAAAUGGAGCGGUGGAAACAGCUCAGCCGAUCAGGACCGUAGCUAUUGUUGCAGAACCAGAAGAGCGGCCCAAAGCGGAGGAGUCUGAAGAAGCGCAAGAGGAGUUUAGAGAGACCCAGGAGGAGUUCAGCCAGGCACUGGAAGCACUAGAGGUGGCAGAGGAGGUUGAGGACCAGAAGAAGGUAUCGGGAGAUGCGCGAAGCCGCAGUAGCUCCAUCACUUCGUGGGAGAGCGCACAAGGAACUUCAGAGAUGUCCUCGAGCCGCUACAGCACCAUCACACAAGAGGAUUUUCAGCAGGAGCUAGUUGUCAAGCCUGUCAAGUUGAAGAGGAAGGGCAAGAGGAUAAGGCACGAGAGUGGGAACUGUGUGAACGAGCACAGCAGCUGGUCAGAGAGCACGUACAGCCAGGAUGGCCUGACCAGUGACGGCCUUCCCACACCUGCCAGCGAGCCACCCUCAGAGCGCAAUAGCCUCCUGUGCAGCAGCCUGGACCUCCACAGCAAUGACUCGCCCGAUCACGAGGGCUCUGUUUACAUAGAGGCCCUCAGCACGGAAACAUUUUUACUGCAGAACUUUUCAGAAAAGUCCCAGCUUCAGGACCAGGAGAGCAGUGAGGGCCCCCUGAGCAAAGAAGCAGAUGCGCAGCCCUCAUGUCCGACAUCCCUUUGUCUACAAGACAUGGACUGCCAGGUUUACAACGACCCUGCCAAAGCUGUGGAAAGCAAGGAGCAAACAACCAGCACGCCAGAUGUAGACAUGCUGCUGGAGUGCACUUUCUCCUACAUGCAUGCAGCUAAUGAGAAGCCUGACAUGGAGGAGCCAACUGAGAUUCAUAAUCCAGAGCUUCAGGCCAAAGAUGAUUCAGAAAGGAACUUUGAUUUGGAUUUACUGUACUAUCCUAUCAGGCCACUUCCAUAUUCCCCAGAGCCGGAGCCGGAGCCAUCGCCCUCCAGUGACGAGGAGGACAUAUACGCACAUGGCAUGCCAUCUAGUGCCAGCUUGGGGGAUGGCCUCAGUAAUGUGGACCUACAGAGUUCUACCGUGAAGCAGACAGAGCAGGAAGACAUGCGGCUUCACAAAACAGACCAGUUGGCCGAGAGCUGGAUGGGCUACAGUGGGCCAGGCUAUGGCAUCCUCAGCCUGGUAGUGACUGAGCGACACAUCUGGUGCCUAGAUUUUAAAGGAGUCCUGUACUGCAGCAGCCUCACCAAUGGUAGCCUGAGCUGGCAGAAAUAUGAAGAGAAUGUCCAGCAGGUGGCUUUGUCCCCUUCUGGCUCAUUGCUGUGGAAGGUGGAACAGAAGACCAUGACAGCCUAUGCCUGUGGUAAAGUGACCAUUAAGGGGAAAAGGCACUGGUACAAAGCCCUGGAUGAGACUUCCUUUGUGGCAUUGAGUGAUGACACAGCCUGGAUCAUACGCACCAGCGGAGAUCUUUACCUCCAGACAGGGCUGAGCACGGACCGGCCGUGUGCACGCUCGGUGAAGGUGGACUGCCCAUGUCCCAUGGCACAGAUAGCAGCACGGGGCAGUGUGGUGUGGGCACUGAGCGAGCAGAGGGUUCUCUUCUACAGAGAGGGACUCAGCAGCUACUGUGCAGAGGGUGAACAGUGGAAAUACGACAAAGUCAGUGAGAGUCAGCGUCUGGAGCCCAUCUGCAUUGCUCUUGGUGAGAACAGCACCCUGUGGGCUCUGGACACCAGCGGUAGACUUUGGUUCAGAACUGGGGUCACGGCUAAGAAACCCCAGGGUGAAGACGAGCACUGGUGGCAGGUGAGCAUCACGGAUUACGUAAUGUUCGAGCAGGGUGGCCUCUUCCAGACACUGAUCCAGGCCACGCAGAGUGUCGCCACGGCCACCAAGGCUCCGGUGGAGCGGGUUGCCGAGCGCUUGCGUGUGGCAUUCCUCUGGCAGCAGUCUCAGUGUCACCCAAGCCUGGUCAGUGCCAACCGCAGCGGCGUGUGGAUCGCCUCAGGUCGCAACGACUUCCACGUGGCCAAGGGCAGCCUCAUUGGGACAUAUUGGAGAACUAUUGCACCCAGAGGACUAGCAUCUGCUACUAAGUGGGCAUUUGUGUUUUCCUCAGCAGUUCCAGCCAAAGAGGGGAGUUUUCUUUGGCUGGGUCAGAGCAGGAAAGACUUGUUCUGCAUUUGGGACCAGGACCUGCAGAUGCGUCCUCUCACUGUCCAGCUGCCUGCAGAUGUUGAGAUUGUGCAGCUGUCGGCCUGCAGAGACGCUCUGUGGGGUCUGGACCAGCACGGCCGUGUGCACAUUCGCACACUCACAGCCAACUGCCCCACCGGCCUCCACUGGACCCUUCUUGACCUCAGCCAGCUUGGACACGUGAGGCUUCUGAGCUUUUCCUGUGGCAGUCAGAAUGUGUGGGCAUGUGACUCCAAUGGCAUGGUGUAUUUCCGAGUGGGAACCCAACCUUUAAACCCCAGCAUGAUGCUCCCAGCCUGGAUCUGCAUCGAGCCACCUGAGCAGCUUGUGGGCGUGCACUUAGUACGCGUUCAGACCAAUCCCAACGACCGCAUGUUGUGGGCUCUGGAUAGUCGCUGUAACGUAUAUGUUCGCACUGGCAUUACCGAGGAAAUGCCAGUGGGGACGGCCUGGGAGCACAUUCCAGGGCUCCAGGCUAGUCAAUUAGUGCUGAGCACAAGAACUGCAUGGGUGCGCUGUCCUAAUGGUGAGAUGGCUCGACGAUACGGGAUUUCAGAAAAGAACCCAGCUGGGGAUUACUGGAAGAAGGUGCCUGGCCUGGUCAACUGGCUGACGGUGACUCCCAUGGAUGAAGUCUGGGCUGUUACCCCAACUGGCGCUUUGACACAGCGCCUGACCAAGACCCUGCCACACAGCACCAGCAAAAAUCACGCCAACACAGGCUCUCUCAGUGGGGAAGAACUCGAAGAGGAGUGGGAGGUGAUCUAGACAGCCGUGGUGUGUGUUGUGUCUUGUAAAAACAGUUCUGUUAAUGGGCACUUUUUUGUUGUUGUUGAUUAUGAGCUUAACCUGUGUACAGAACAGAUUGUCUUUACAGAGUGUACAGAAUUAUCGAUGGUUACGUUUUGAAGGGAAGUCUAAACAAAAGUAUUUGUUUAAUGAACUUAUUUUAACCAUGCACUAUUUAACUUUUUACCCACAAUAUCAGGAUCCGUUACGUUAGGAUUUUUUCUUUUAUGUGACACAGUGGUCCAGUCCGUACAGCAAUGCACGUCAUGAGGCGUUUCUGUCACAAGUGCGUCAGAGUACGCUUACAGACUCGGGAUCAGAUCCGCCGUGAUGUACUGUAAAGGGGGAAAUAUAAAUCGGUAUUCUAACGCUAAACAUUUUGAUGAAAAUGGGUUCUGGUUCGCAGACAGAAAAGUGAAGGAGACCGAGACUAAAGUCUGAUCGUGAAUUGAAAUGAAAAAUAUGUAAUGCAAAUGAAAUAUGUCAAGGGAUUGGUUGUAAAGAGCAUUCAUUGAACAUUUAACAUGAGUGGAAUCAUACAUCGCAGAAUUUGUAUGAUAAUAUAAAUUGUACAAGAUAUGUUGUUCAAGUGUCAUCUUAACUUUUGAAAUGCAAAAACAUAUGUUUGUUAACCUCCAUGUGUGGCGUAUAACAUCUGUUAAUAUUAACAGUCCGCAGCUGUUCGCGUUGUGAAAGAACACCGCUUUAUGGCAGAAAAUGCUGUUCUCAAUUUAGUGAAUUGAUGAUUGGUAUAUCUGUGGCUGAUUAAGCAAAAUGGACUCUCUUUCUCCCUUUUCAUAUUUGGGAGCAGCCAGAUUUUACUUUGCGGUUAAGGUACAUGCUAAAGAGAAACAGUUGAGGAAAAUCUGUAGUUUUCAGCACUAUAUACACUAGAACGUAUCAAAAUUUCACCAUACGAAUGGUUUUCCCAGGACACCACUCAUAAUGUGAAGCAAGCAGAGACAUCUCCACGAUGCUUAAUGAGUCGAAAGUCUAUAUAAACAUGUUUACAAUAACAGUGUGUUGAGCUUAACAGAUUACUAGAUUGUACUGUAAUUGUAAAGCCAAAAAGCCAGAAACCCUACUGUGCCAGGAGUAAAAUUGCUGGGGCCAAAAGUACUUAGUAGUGGAUUUGGGAUUCCAUUCUGAUUAAUCUAGUGUGUAAAUUCCUGAUUAAUCUAGUGUGUGUCUUAAAUCCCCCCCCCCCCCCCCCCCCCCCCUGAACUGAUCAUGAAAUCAGUUCAUGAUCACAGUGAGAACGUAUAACGGUCUCUUUAAGACAGAAUGUAGGAGGAACUAUUUUUUGCUAAUAUUUACCGAAGCCUUUGCUUUCACAAUGGACUCACCAAGGAAUGUGUGUGUAAAUUUUCAAAAUUGGUAAUAGCUACUGAGAGCUGUUACCAGAGUUAAUUAAAUACAAUAGGGAAUAAGGCAUGCUUAACAUCGUUAUUUACAUACCUGCUGUUUGUCGGGUCAGAUCGACUCUGUGCAUGAACCAUCGGAAGCAGGAAAAGGGGAUGAGGAGGGGUGUGUGUUGUGUUUUUUGUUUGUUUGGGUUUUUUUUUUUUUAUUAUUAUUAUUAUUAUUAUUAUUAUUAUUAUUAUUAUUCUCUUCAUUGCUGUAAUUUUGUUCACUUGGUUAUUACUAGACUGCUUAGUGUUAUUGUGCCAGUCUACAGCACUCUUAUAUGCCACCCGGUUCAUAAAAACUUUCAUAGUCCAUUCUGAAUGAACUGUAACGCCGUAUUGGCAACUUUCAUGUAACGUCAUUUAGAGAAUGCACUUUAUUAAUGAAUAAAUAUGUGUACCAAGUGUAUCAUAAUUGAAUAAGAGGCAUAUAUAAUGGUGUCUUUUUUAAAAUUUAUUUCUUUGGACCACAGACACCUCAGAAAUAUGCAAAUAUAAUGUGGUAAGUAGAUUAACAUUGCAUUAAUAGUGUCGAUUGUUUGUGGUUGUUUUUACUUGUGACUAUUUUUUCCUGUAAUUUGGGACGCUCGUGUCCUCUUUUCUUCUCCUCUUCUCCUUUGACCACAAUGCUGUUGGUGAAAAUGAAAUGGGAACCCUAGCACUCAUUAUAGAGCACUAUGUUAUGUGUAUGGUAUAUUAUCACUGAUAACAUUAACCCUGCUUUAAGCGCUGCUGUCAUCACUUUAUGCUGUCAAUAUGAACUGCCAGAAUUAAAAAGAUGUUUACCAAAAUAA